AGGAGGCUUAUCAGAAUACCUUUGGGCUAUCCGAUAUAAUAGAAAGGACUGCACGCACUAGAUUUCCUACGGUAAUGCAAUUAGUGUCUGACUUUGAAAUCAAAUUAAUCCAGUACAGGACUAACCGAGGAUUUCCAGGAUGGUGGCAAGCAUUCAAGGACUGGAAUUAUCACCUAUACACUAUAUAG